AUGUCGACCGAAGCGUCUCCUGCGCCCAUGGCGGCGGGAGCCUGGUCCCAGAUUCGCCCUGCCUUGUCGACAUGGGUUCUUGGCGUGCUUGCCUCCAUGAAGUUUGAACAGAUGACACCCGUGCAGGCCUCGGCCAUCCCUCUGUUUCUCUCUCACAAGGACGUGGUGGCGGAAGCUGUGACGGGCUCGGGGAAGACACUGGCUUUUGUGAUCCCCAUCCUAGAAAUCUUGCAGCGACGUGAAGAAAAGUUGAAGAAGCACGAGCUGGGCGCUGUCAUUGUGUGCCCCACGCGCGAAUUGGCGCAGCAGACAGCGGGUGUGGUGCAGCAGUUCUUGGAUGCCAAGCCAGCCUCGUCUCCCCUGCACGGCAUGCAGCUGUGUGUCGGUGGCACCGGCAUUUCGCCGGCUGACGACUUUCAUGCAUUCCGUGAGCACGGCCCAGAUCUUCUCAUCGGUACCCCGGGACGGAUGGAAGAACUACUCAGGCGCCCGGGUGUCAAGACGUCGGAGCUCGAGGUGCUUGUCAUGGACGAGGCGGACCGUUUGCUGGACUUGGGAUUCACGCCUGUCAUCCGUGCGCUCAUCAGCCAUCUUCCGAAGCAGCGCCGCACCGGCCUGUUUAGCGCGACCAUGACAGAAGCGCUCUCUGAGCUGGUUCGCGUAGGCUUGCGGAAUCCGGUGCGUGUCGUCGUUAAGGUCGAGUACAAGCAGCGCGGCAAGUCCCAGGAUAUUCGCAUGCCGGCUACGCUCGCCAACUUUUAUCAUAUAUCUCGACCCGAGCACAAACUUGCACAACUCCUACGCAUUUUGCAGCGCGAGGCACAUGGCCAGCAAGGAACGAGCAAAUCGAUCGUGUACUUUGCGACCUGUGCGCAGGUCAACUAUUUGUUUUCGCUACUAGCGCGGUUUGCUCGCCAAAAGCCUGAGGCAUUACAUGGCCUACGCUUCUUUUCGCUGCACGGCAAGCAAACGCCGAAGCGGCGCACGGCUACGUUCGCGGCAUUUGCGCAUGCGAAUCGCCAGCAAGGAGAGAGUGACGAGGCUGGCGUAGCGGACGCUCGCAUGAAUGUGCUGCUGUGUACGGAUGUGGCUGCUCGCGGCUUGGAUCUCCCGGACGUGGACGUCGUGGUGCAGUACGAUCCGCCUAGUGACCCCAAGGUGUUCCACCACCGUUGUGGGCGAACUGCGCGCGCAGGCCGCUCAGGACGCGCGAUUGUGAUGCUGCAUGCGGGACGCGAGGAAGGAUACGUCGAGUUUUUGCAGAUCAAGCAAGUGCUGCUUGGCUCGUACCCGUACAUCGAGUCGGAUGGCCACGCGGGCACCGAGCCUGAGCACGAUGCGCGCGCGCACGAGCUGUUUGCGGCACUUCGGGCUACUGUGCGCGAGGACCGAGCAUUGUAUGAGCUCGGGCUCCGAGCUUUUGUGAGCUGGGCCAAGGCGUAUUCUAAGCACGAAGUCGCCUUUAUUUUCCGGCUGACCGACUUGCCCCUCGACGGUAUGGCGUGCCAAUUUGUGCUUUUGCAUCUACCACGCAUGCCUGAGCUGCGGACGUGGCAGAGACAAGGCACGCUCUUUACCGACGACGUACCGGAUCUGCCGACGUUUGCGUAUGCUGACAAGCAGCGCGAAAAGCAGCGGCAGGCGUCCCUGGCUCGACGGGCGGCAGAGCCUGCUGCCCCGCCACGGGCUACGCCGCGCGCCAAAUCCGAAGCGUGGAGCGAGCAAAAGCGCCGCAAGGCAACACGCCAGGUGCGGCGCGAAAAGAAGCAGCGAAAGCGGCAGUGGCUGGCGAAUCAGGCGGCAUCGCAGCCCGAGCCUGACGAGGAGGGAGAGGACGACGACGACGACGACUUUGACGCUGAAGAGCGUGCGGCGAAAAAGCUCAAAAAGGGCACACUGUCACAAGAGGCUUUUGAUCAUGCGUUUUUCGAUAGCUUAUGA